AUGGCUUCUUCUGUUCCAGGUCCCAUUGCCCUUCCUGAAUCGCGUUUUGACCAGUCGACCUAUUGGGGCCGGGUGCGUCAUUGUGCCCAGAUCUCGGAUCCGUCCAUGCUGCUGACCACUGAGGCCGACCUGGCCAAGGCCAGGUCGGUCGUCAGCGAUUAUCGUCACGGUUUGUUGACAAGCGCAACUCCGGCCUUUUGGAAGGCCAAGAAACAACUGGAUUCGACUGUGCAUCCGGACACUGGCGAGACAGUGUUUCUACCGUUCAGGAUGUCUUGCAACGUGAUUUCCAACUUGUUGGUCACGGCAGGGAUGCUGACUCCCGGUCUGGGGACUGCCGGCACGCUGUUCUGGGCUAACCAAUCGCUGAACGUGGCAGUGAACUCCGCAACCGCAAACAAAUCGGAUCCGAUGUCCACAAGGCAGCUGGUCACCAACUACACUGUGGCGGUGUCGGCGUCGUGCGGUGUGGCUGUUGGGUUGAACAGACUGGUGCCAAGACUGAAGAAUAUCACUCCCAACACCAGGCUGGUCUUGGGGCGACUGGUGCCGUUUGCAGCGGUGGUCAGCGCAGGGAUAGUCAAUGUCUUUCUGAUGAGAGGCAAUGAGAUUCGAAAUGGGAUCAGUGUGUUCGAACAGAACGGCGACGAAGUCGGGAAGUCCAGGAAGGCUGCCCUGUUGGCCGUGGGGGAAACUGCGUUAAGCAGAAUCAUCAACGCCACUCCGGUGAUGGUCCUACCUCCUCUUGUGCUGUUGAGACUACAAAAAAGCGUGCUGAAGGGUAAACCUGUCUUUGCGCAAAACAUGGCAAAUCUGGGUUUGGUCGGCGUUACCUUGUUCAGUGUUUUGCCGUUUGCAUUGGCUGUAUUCCCACAGAAACAGUCCAUUGACGUCUCGAAACUGGAGAGUGAAUUACAUGGGAAGAAGACACACGAUGGCAAAAAGGUAAGUUUAGUGUAUUUCAACAGGGGGAUUUAG